AUGGAUCCAAAGAAUAAGACACAAAAAGUUGCCGAAUCAGAUUUCUCUAUCCCAAAGAUGAAUCCAAAGACGAAAAAGCAAAAACUUAGCAAUUCACUAGAAGUAAUCCCAAUUAGUCCCUCUCUCACAGAGAUAGAUUUGGGAGAAGCCAUGAAGAAACAAAACGAUUUGGGCGAAGCCAUGAAGAAACAAAACGACAAAGCUUUGUUCCUUGCGUCGAAAGUAAUCGAUACAACAAAAGCAAAAAACUCUAACCUCGUCUUCUCUCCAGCAUCAAUAAACUCAGCGAUCACGAUGCAUGCAGCUGGUCCCGAAGGUGGUGACUUAGACGACUUAGAUUCUGGUGGAAUCCUCUCCUACUUGAGAUCUUUUCCACUCGAAGAGCUCAAAGCCGUUUUCAGCGAAAUCUCCUCCGUUGUUUUCGCUAAGAAUAGCUCAAGGGACGGUCCAAAAAUCAGUGCAGCGAAUGGCGUCUGGAUCGAGAAAUCACUUCUGAUUGAUCCCAAGUUCAAGGACCUCUUUGAGAAUUACUUCAAGGCUUUUUACGCUAGAGUAGAUUUCCGAUCAAAGGUACGUACGUAA